CUGUUUUCCUGCCUCCCGGCGGGAGCCCGCAAACAGUGGGAUGGUGCGCGCCCCCGCGGUCAAGUGUAACUGCAAGUGAACGACAAGACUGGACACACAUACUGAAGAUGGCGAUGAGAGUAGCGCUGCGGUGCCUCUCAGCAAACUUUUCUCCCAGACUGCCUCAGCUCUCAUCGGCAGCGCAGGUUUCAGCGACCCGGCUGCUGUGGAGGAGCGACUCUCCGCGGAUACUCAGCACGACCUCGGCCCUUUCCACAGCCCUAAAGUUCACAGAUAAGCAUGAGUGGGUGCGAGUGGAAGGUGGAAUUGGCGUAGUUGGUAUCAGCAAUUAUGCCCAGGAAGCAUUAGGUGACGUGGUAUACUGUGGACUCCCGGAAGUUGGCCAAAGACUUGAACCAUUGGAGGAGUUUGGUGCCUUGGAAAGCGUAAAGGCUGCCAGUGAGCUAUAUUCACCACUGGCAGGGGAAGUGACUGAAAUCAACACAGAGCUGGCAGACAAUCCUGGACUUGUUAAUAAAGCCUGCUAUGCAGAGGGGUGGCUAAUCAAGAUGACGAUUGAAAAGCCUGAAGAACUCGAAGGCCUCAUGGAUCAGGCUGCAUAUGAUAAAUUUAUUAAGUCACUUGAAGAAUAAAUGGAUAAGCUCACUGUGCUUUUUUUAUAAUGUAAUUGCAAUCAAAGAUUAGUAGGCAGGGUUACUAACAUCUUGUGACACUUUCUUAUUUGUGGUAUUUAUUUUGAUACUAGAAUUGUGCUAUCAAAGUAAUAAAAUCCUCCACUUCAGUUAGAAUUUGUAUAGGUACUAGCCAACCUUGAGGGCUCUUACUUUCAAGAUCUGUCAAUGUACUUGUUUAUCGUGUUUUGCUCCAUGUGCACCAAUGUCAUAAAAGACUGACAAAUGA